AUUGAUCUUUGCCAAGCCCAACGGACUGUGUCAUGGACGGAUAGCGGCUUCAUGCUCUUAGCUCUUGCUCGACCAUUAUUUUAACUCUUAUCUUUAUCCUCGAAUACGCUCCAAAAAUUUCACAGAUACGCUCCAAAAAUUUCACAGAUACGCUCCAAAAAAUUCACCUAAAAGAGCGUGCUUCUUCUCAGCCAUCGAAUUCGCACUAUAGCUUUUAGUUCCCUGUGGCCAUGAGAUGACAUUCUUGGUCAGAGCCCCCUACAGUCAGCAUCUAUCAUCAACUGCCAUGGCCAUGUCCUCGAGCUUUUGCCCUCACCUUCCACUUCAAUUUGGAACCAGACCCAUUUUCUACUUCCCCACCAAACCCUCCUUCUCUCUCUCUUUUAAGGCUUUCUCUGCUCAAGCAUCCAAUGCUUCUUCUGGUAAAGAAGAGCUGCGUGUUGGCUUCCUGGGUCUUGGAAUCAUGGGUGCACCAAUGGCACAAAAUCUUAUAAAAUCUGGCUGUGACGUGACUGUUUGGAAUAGGACCAAGAGCAAAUGUGAUCCUCUCAUCAACUUGGGCGCAAAAUAUGUGGAUGUUUCAACAGUUGACGAUACCACUUCCAAGUUGAUCAGUGCACGUAUAAAAGAUGCUGGAGCUUUGUUUUUGGAGGCUCCUGUUUCGGGUUCCAAAAAGCCAGCAGAAGAUGGACAGCUGAUAUUUCUUACUGCAGGUGACAAAUCUCUCUAUGAAACUGUUGCUCCGUUUCUGGACAUCAUGGGGAAGUCGAGAUUUUAUCUUGGCGACGUUGGAAAUGGAGCUGCCAUGAAAUUAGUAGUCAACAUGAUCAUGGGAAGCAUGAUGGCAGCUUUUUCUGAAGGACUGCUUCUCAGUGAGAAAGUAGGACUCGACCCAAACGAUGUCGUGGAGGUAAUUUCUCAGGGGGCCAUUAGUGCACCAAUGUACAAACUCAAAGGACCAGCAAUGAUCAAAUCCCAUUACCCCACUGCCUUCCCCUUGAAACAUCAGCAGAAGGAUCUAAGACUUGCUCUGGGUUUGGCAGAAUCUGUCUCUCAAUCCACUCCUAUUGCUGCUGCUGCCAAUGAACUGUACAAGGUAGCCAAAUCUCAUGGACUUAGCGAUCAAGACUUUUCAGCUGUCAUUGAAGCUUUAAAAGCAAAGUUGCAGCAUUGAUUACAAUACCUAUUAGUUCAACCUCUUUUCUUUUCUUUUCUUUUUUUUUUCAGUUGAAUUUGUAACUUUUUUUUUCUUUUUGGAUAGUGAUUUGGGAAAUUUGGUUUUUGGCUCACAACAUUUUAUUUGUUCAUUCUCAGAGCACCAUUAUAUAUGAAGAAAAUAUAUUCCCAUUCACUUGAGUGGAAAGGAAACAAAAUGUAAUGACAAUGACAAUGAAAAGAAAAAUGACUAUAGUGGCUUGUUGGUCCUGA